AUGAAAGUCUCAGGGGCAGCUCAGGCUGUCUUACGCCAGGAAUCGUUUUCUUCGCUGGAAUCGUCAGAGCAGCCAUUUAGCCCUCGGCGGCCGAAAACAGCUGCGGGAGCCCCAAUUCCAACUGCUCUGAGCUGCGAUAAUGCGUUUUCCAAUGGUGUCGCCACCGCCAUGGACUCUUUCGCUGCAGACCAACGAACGAUGGCCGCAGGAGUCGAGCAACUUCUGGCGGACAUGAGGAAACAGUUUGACGACGUUCACAUGGAAGUGCUAAAACAGACAGCGGACUUCACUCGUUUUAAGGAAGGGAUACGGCAAGCCGACUCUGCGGAACAGCUCAAGGAGCAGGACAUGACACGGUUAAGUUGUUCUGUCGUGAAGGACGCUGCAGCGGCGGCGUUCUCUGCUUCGUCAGGACGCUGGCGAAGAAUGUACGGCAUGGAAAAGCUUGUCGCAAACGCUCUUCAGAAAAUCACAGUGGAGGAAGUCGAGAAGUCGCAAAGUACAGAAGACACCUUCCAGAAAAUAAGGGAAGCUACGGGUCUCGACGACGUGAUGGACAUCGUGCAGAAGUUCCUCAACAAGGACGUCGAACACGGUCAGCUGCAGCAACUGGCAGCUGAUGCCGAAGUCCGGCUGGAGGCUGCAGAGGCUCAAGAUGAAACACUGCAAAGGGCGGUCAAACAACACCUUGACAGCCUUGACGCCCUCAGAGAAACCACCAUGCAGCUAGAUCAUGCAAAGCAGUGGGCGAGUAGAAUCAACGCUCUAUUAGUCGCCGCCAACCUUGAACGACCGUUCGUCUGCGAGUCUGUUGAGGGGCUCGUCAGCUACAUCGCCGCAGUCAAAAACAACUCAAUCCCCAAGCUGCUCAAGCUCUUGCAAGCACAGGCCGAGCGGACAUCUGUCUCUGAGGAUGCCACCCACGAGACGGCUGUGAUACAGCAACGCAUGUCGCCACUACCAUCCUCGCCCCAGGUCUCCACGGAUGUUAAAGCUCACGAGGACCGUGGUGGGUCUUCACUUGAGCAAACUUCGGCAUAUGACACUGAAAAUGAGAACGAGAGACGAGCGCGAAGCGAUUCCGGCCGCAGCAGUGGGAUGGGGCACGCCGGGCAAGGCCCCGUUUGUCACUCACAAGCCUCAUCACGAUUAGGCUUGGAGGAAGCUCUGGAUCCGCUCGUUAUCACCCCUCCGGCCGCUAACGACGUCCGUCGAUCGAGUGAAUCAUGGGCGGCAGCCGAAGAAAGACUGAAUCGGCACGGAAAAGGCGUAGAGGACGAGACGGAUGCGAACCGCGGGGGUGAAGUACGCCGCCAGAAUAAUCAUCGUGAGAGCCGUGAAUAA